CCGACUGUGGCCCGAAUUAUUCGGGCUCUUAUCGGGCUUCGGGCUCGGCCCGGCCCGGCCCGGUAUAUAUUAUUUUGGGUCGGGCCCGGCCCGGCCCGGCCCGGUUUUAAAUAUUAAAAAAAAAAAAAUAAAUCCCUAAAAAAAAUCCCAAAAAAGUUACCCACGAAUCAUCUAACAAAAAUCUAUAAACAAUAUAAAUAUUUAUAUGUAUAUGAUGCAGGUGGUAGUGGAGAUUCCAUACAUUUUCUUUCAAGCUGCAGUAUAUUGCCUAAUAGUAUACGCAAUGAUCGGAUACGAAUGGACUGCAGCAAAGUUCUUUUGGUAUCUGUUUUACACCUUCUUUGCUAUGCUCUACUUCACUUUUUAUGGCAUGAUGUGUGUGGGAGUCACUCCUAACCAUCACAUUGCUUCCAUCGUUUCUUCUGCCUUCUAUGGAUUAUGGAACAUCUUCGCUGGCUUUAUCGUCCCUCGAACCAGGAUACCAAUAUGGUGGAGGUGGUACUAUUGGGCUUGUCCAGUUGCAUGGACUCUAUACGGAUUGGUGAAAUCACAAUAUGGAGAUUUACACGAAUACAUCAUUAUUGAGACAGGCGAGACUUUAUUGGCCCGGCCCGGUUUUACAUGUUAAUACCAAAAAAAAAAAAAAAAAAAAAAA